GAGGGGAGUGAAUGACGUCAUCAGGCCGCGCUCCCUCUUUUCGCUUUCUCUCAGUUUCCGCUGCUUGCGAGCCUCCAGCAGCCCAGCGCGAUUAUUGUUGCCGCGAUGGACUGGCGCCCAGAUGAGGAAGGACUGCAGCAAGUCUUGCAGCUGCUAAAGGACUCCCAGUCCCCAGACACGGCCACCCAGAGGGUAGUCCAGGAUAAACUUAAGCAGCUGAACCAAUACCCUGACUUCAAUAAUUACCUGAUCUUUGUGCUGACGAGGCUCAAGUCUGAAGAUGAGCCGACGCGGUCCCUCAGUGGGCUGAUCCUGAAGAAUAACGUGAAAGCACAUUAUCAGAGCUUCCCGCAGAAUGUAUCUGACUUUAUAAAGCAGGAGUGCCUGAACAGUAUAGGAGACUCCUCCUCCCUCAUCAGGGCUACAAUUGGUAUCCUUAUCACCACCAUUGCCUCCAAGGGGGAGCUGCAAACGUGGCCGGAGCUGCUUCCCCAGCUGUGCAACCUGCUCAAUUCUGAGGAUUACAACACGUGUGAGGGUUCCUUCGGGGCUCUGCAAAAGAUCUGCGAGGAUUCCUCCGAACUCCUAGACAGCGACGCGUUAAACCGGCCGCUCAAUAUCAUGAUCCCCAAGUUCCUGCAGUUCUUUAAGCACUGCAGCCCCAAGAUCAGGUCCCAUGCCAUUGCCUGCGUCAACCAGUUUAUCACAGACCGGGCCCAGGCUCUCAUGGAUAACAUAGACACUUUCAUUGAGCAUUUGUUUGCCCUGGCGGUGGAUGAGGACCCCGAGGUUCGGAAGAAUGUCUGUAGGGCGCUGGUGAUGCUGUUGGAGGUGCGGAUAGACCGGCUGCUCCCACACAUGCACAGCAUAAUACAGUACAUGCUGCAGAGGACACAGGACAACGAUGAGAACGUUGCGUUGGAGGCCUGUGAGUUUUGGCUAACGUUGGCCGACCAGCCCAUCUGUAAGGAAGCCCUGUCCAACCACUUGCUGCAAUUAAUUCCAAUUCUGGUGAAUGGGAUGAAAUAUAAUGAGAUUGACAUCAUUCUGCUUAAGGGGGAUGUGGAGGAGGACGAGACCAUCCCAGACAGCGAGCAGGACAUCAAGCCUCGCUUUCACAAGUCUCGCACGGUGACGCUGCAACACGAGGAGGAGCGAGCGCAGGGGGAAGAUGAAGCAGACGAUGACGACGACGAUGAUGACGACACCCUGUCUGACUGGAAUCUAAGGAAAUGUUCGGCCGCUGCUCUGGACAUCCUCGCCAAUGUAUUUCGGGAGGAACUACUGCCUCACCUACUCCCACUGCUGAAAGAUCUCCUCUUCCACCCUGAGUGGGUCAUAAAGGAGUCUGGGAUACUUGUCCUUGGUGCCAUUGCUGAAGGCUGUAUGCAGGGCAUGGUGCCGUACCUGCCUGAGCUCAUCCCACACCUGAUCCAGUGCUUGUCGGAUAAGAAGGCUCUAGUCCGUUCCAUUGCCUGUUGGACGCUGAGCCGCUAUGCUCAUUGGGUGGUCAGUCAGCCCCCGGACCUCUACCUGAAGCCAUUGAUGACUGAGCUCCUGAAGCGUAUUCUAGACAGCAACAAGCGGGUACAGGAGGCGGCCUGCAGUGCAUUUGCUACACUGGAAGAAGAGGCAUGUACAGAACUUGUGCCCUAUUUAAGCUUUAUAUUGGAUACCCUGGUGUUCGCCUUUGGCAAAUACCAGCACAAGAACCUGCUGAUUCUCUAUGAUGCUAUUGGGACCCUGGCCGACUCCGUGGGACACCAUCUAAACCAGCCGGAGUACAUCCAAAAACUGAUGCCCCCUUUGAUUCAGAAAUGGAAUGAAUUGAAGGAUGAAGACAAAGACCUGUUCCCACUGUUAGAGUGUUUAUCCUCCAUAGCUACUGCACUGCAGAGUGGAUUCCUGCCCUACUGUGAGCCUGUAUAUCAGCGCUGUGUCACGCUGGUCCAGAAAACACUCGCCCAGGCCAUGAUGUACAGCCAACACCCUGACCAAUACGAAGCGCCCGAUAAGGAUUUCAUGAUCGUAGCCUUGGAUCUGCUGAGCGGCCUGGCAGAAGGGCUAGGUUCCCACGUGGAGCAGUUAGUGGCCAGGAGUAACAUCAUGACCUUGUUGUUUCAGUGCAUGCAGGACAUCAUGCCUGAAGUACGGCAAAGUUCCUUUGCUCUCCUGGGAGAUCUGACAAAGGCCUGCUUCCUGCACGUCAAGCCGUGCAUCUCGGAGUUCAUGCCUAUUCUGGGCACCAACUUAAAUCCAGAGUUUAUCUCUGUGUGCAAUAAUGCAACGUGGGCCAUCGGAGAGAUCUGCAUGCAGAUGGGAGCGGAGAUGCAGCCAUAUGUCCCCAUGGUCUUAAAUAACCUUGUGGAAAUCAUUAACCGGCCAAAUACUCCAAAGACCCUUCUGGAAAACACAGCCAUAACCAUUGGGCGCCUGGGCUGUGUGUGUCCCCAGGAAGUGGCUCCUAUGCUGCAACAGUUUAUCAGGCCUUGGUGCACAUCACUUCGCAAUAUCCGUGACAAUGAGGAGAAAGACUCCGCCUUCAGGGGGAUCUGUAUAAUGAUAGGUGUGAAUCCUGGUGGAGUUGUACAGGAUUUUAUUUUCUUUUGUGAUGCUGUGGCGUCAUGGAUGAGUCCGAAGGAUGAUCUGAGGGACAUGUUCUAUAAGAUUUUGCACGGUUUUAAAGAGCAGGUUGGGGAGGAGAAUUGGAACCAGUUCUCUGAGCAGUUUCCCCCUCUGCUAAAGGAGCGUUUAGCCGCGUUCUACGGUGUGUAAAAGGGCUCGUUAGCAGAUACACACCCAGCGUGGGAGGUUCCUGUUUGGUCCAUGUGGUCAUCGGGGAGAAAGAUGUCCUACGCCCCCUCAUCCGGUCUUUAGAAGGGUUUUAGGGAACAGUGUCCAAGGCUAGAAUUACACCCCCUCGUCGCCAACCCCCAGGAACAUUAUUGCAGGGAGAAGUGUGCUGCAUAGUGCAAACUACACAGCUCAACACAACAUUUCAACCCCCACCCUACCACCAUCAGACAUGGCGCAGAUUUAGUCGUUAAUUUUGUUUUCUAUUGUGCAUCCAAGGGGGUUGGGCUUAAAGAUGAAACUCUAUGGUUAAUGGGAGGAGGUAGGGAAUAAGAGAAGAUGCCAGGCACACAGCGGGAUGUGGGAAGGGGAAGAAGCGGGUGGGGGGAGGUAGCGCAUAGAGGGAGGGAGGAGGAGGGAAGUAAUUGGCUCCUGUGCUCCGUGUUAGAGCUGGCACAGGUUCAGACGACCGUAUCUCUUACAGAUAGGGUUUAAAUUAAGGUAGGGCAGGGCUGUUCAGCGUAUUUUAGGGCCCGUGGGCAUACAGAGGGAGGAAGGAAACAGAGUAUUGUUCAAACUGUGUUGUAAUUGGGCAUGUGUGGAACACCCAAGUCUUACAUCAUUGCUCCAUCCCAAUUUGAAGGGUGGCCGGCCCAUCUCGUCGGAGUGGCCUUUAAACUGCCCACCAUUUACCCAAUCAAUUUGGGGUCCCACCUUUCAUACUGUUGGCAAAGGCAGCAAGCCCAGAGCGCCAGACCUACGGUCUUCCUGCGGAAACCCCCUACUUGCCACCUACCUCGUGGAUGGCUCCAAGUCACUGGCAUUUGAAGUACAGCAGGGACCCAGGUUGGCGUUCAUCCAUGUUUUAUCCAAGAAACGUUGCAUUUCAGCAUCCCCAGCUUAUCGGCCCUCUCCUCGUGCCCCAGGAUCUCCGUGGCAUAAGGGGGGCUGCUUAGUUUUUAUCACAAAAUCGAUUUCGCAAAGGGUCUCCUUAACCCUUUGGCUGCUGACGUGGGAUGGAAGAAAAGAGAUUUGCUUUUCCCAGCAGACUCCUAGUAAAUGUUAUUGUUCCUAGUGAGCUGAGGCUUCCGGUGCUGGCAUUUCAGGUUCCUGGCUCCGCAGCGUUGGCCGGCACUGACUCCAAGCAAUGAACUUGGGAGACAAGCAUUGACUGGGUCCAAAAUGGCUGAGGCCUUGCCGCUAGAGAUGAGCUGGCAUUGCGCUGGCAGGGAAGUGGUGAACCCGAACAGAUGAGGACAGGUAUUGGGGGGUGGGUGACCUUUUAACAAUACCUACUUUUAAAAGCAAGAAGCAAAGGGUGGGCUUCAAGAUGUCACAGCCUGCCUGAGCCGGGGUGGGACGCAAUGCCGCCCGUUCAGUAAUAUCACCCUUCCUCCCUCCCCUGUUUUCUAGGGCACACCACUAGGCUCCAGUUCAAUUCUGGGUCUGUGUAUUGGUAUUUGUGAUGUAAUGUUUCCUAUGGUAAAACUGCAGUGUAUUUAGUGUAAAGCCAUCUUGCUUGCACCUUUGCUCAGAUGAGAAUUAUAUUCUCAUUUUAUGUAUAUUUUUUUUUUUUUUGUUAACUAAAAAUGCAGGUUUUUUUUUUUUUGUGACUCAAAAACAAUGUUGUGUCUUAUUGUACAAUGCAAUAUGGAACAUGGAACAACCCCCCAACCAAGGGAGAUGUUUGUCUCUGUCGCGGGAAAAGUAAAAAAAAAAAAAAACAAUAUGGAGGAUUUUACCACUUUAA